AAUCCUAUGGGCUUUGUGGGACAAUCAUCAACGAGAACCGAAACAUACCAAAGAACCGGGUUUUUAGGUUCUGUGUCGGUUAUCGAUAUAUGAUUUAGCAGACGCGUCAGAAGUAUCUCAUAAGUCAUAACAUACGAGGAGGCUACGAUCUAAGUUUGAUCUGAGCUUAAAGAUCCAGAAAUCUUAAGGAAGAUAUGACAAAACCCAGAAACCUGUUUAGAUUUUGCUGUCUGCUAAUGGCGUUUUUGUUUGCUUAUUCUGCAUCUGUCCAGCUUAAUGAUCCUGAUUGGUACUUCUGGUUUCCUCUAUACACACUUGCCUGUGUUGUUAACCUGAUCAACUGCAAAAGAAGAAUAUCUAAGUCGAGAAGAAUCAAACAAAUGAUGGUGAGAACAGCUUUAGGCUUGGGUCUGUUCUUGUUAGUUAAAGUUGUUGCAGAGGAUGUGAUAACAGAGAAAGUUGGAGUCUUGUCUUUGGAUCUUACUCAUAGAGUGGUUAGAGAGAAGAUUGGAAGUGGUUUGGUCGUAGCUUCAAUGGUUCUGCAACUACAAGCUUCUUCCACAAAACCCAUUGACUUUGGUAUGGUUGCAAUGGUAAUCUUUGGCUAUGGAAUUCCCUUUUGGUUCUUCACAGUUAUGAAAGGAAAAAUCAAGAUUUGAUCAAAGAUUCAAUGGAGAGAAAAAAGGUAAAAGCUUGAAGGAGACUAAACAGAAUGAAUAAACCAAAGCUGUCUACAGGUUCAAUGGGAAAAAAGUUAGUUGCUUUACAAUGACAAGGAUGCUCAGUUUCUUGUCCAGAUGUUACCAGUCUGCGACCAUAGUCUCGAGUGAUCUCUUCUCCUGCAGCUAUCUGUUUUACACGCAUAACAAAGAAUCAGUUCAGUUCAACACUUUGAUACUUCUUUCAAGCAAGAAAGAAGAAGAGCCUUACAUCCAUACUGGCAUAUAGACCGAUAUGAGCCAGCGGGGAUUCCAUGCUAUCCACAAUAACUUGGUGAUUAACGAGAUUUGGCGAGCAGCUAGAGAUGAAACCAGAUUACAAAAUCAACAGUCUAUGUAGCAGUAGUAUAAUGCAAAAGUUUUAGUUUUGUUUUACACACCUGUGAUUAAUGUAUCGAGCGAUGUUGCCGUGA